AUGAAGGUGGUGACAGUGGAUAUUUCUGGUCAACAUUUUCCCGUGAGCUCAACCGUCAUCAAAUGGAUAGACUUAUUGGGCACCCUUAUGGUACUGCAUGAGAAGUGUUUCAAUAAAGAAUUCAUCAGUCGACCUACCCUUUCUUCAAGUAUCUUAGGAGUUUUCCCUAAGCAAAUGGAUGUUGAUGCAAUCAUCGUCAUGGGCGUGAGUGGAUGCGGUAAAACAACCGUAGGUACCCAGAUAGCAAAACACUUAGGAUGGACUUACAAGGAUGGAGAUGAAUUCCAUUCUGAUGCGAAUAUAACAAAAAUGAGCUCUGGCAUUCCUUUAAACGAUGAGGACCGUCGACCAUGGUUAACAGCGAUAAACGACUAUUGUAAAUCUCAUCCGAAGGUCGUUGUAGGAUGUUCUGCGUUGAAGCGAAAGUAUAGGGACAUGUUGAGAAAUGAUAAAAGAACUGGAGCGCCGUCUGCAGUUGAGAAAAGAUCACUACAUGCCCAGCCAUCUUUUGGAUAG